GAAAUGAUAUGUAGCAAAUUUCACGGUUAAAAAAAAAUACAUUUGCAGAUUAUUUUGUUUGUGGCCCGUCCUAAAAGAACGAUGACCUUACCAAAGGGGCCCGAUUCUUUGUGUUUCGACAAAGACGAAUUUAUGAAGGAUGAUUUCGACGUGGACAAAUUUGUGGCUGAUUGCAGAAAGCGUGUCCAGCUGGAGGAGAUGCGUGAAGAUCUGGAGCAAUAUUACAGACUCCUCAAAACAGCCAUGGUCGAGCUUAUCAAUAAAGACUAUGCAGAUUUUGUUAAUCUGUCCACCAAUCUUGUUGGAAUGGAUAAAGCCCUCAAUCAGCUCUCUGUCCCUCUCGGCCAGUUACGUGAGGAGGUGCUGAGUUUGAGAUCCUCUGUGAAUGAAGUUAUUGAAGCUAUAGACAACCAGUUAUCCAAGCAAGAUGACAUUCAAAAAAAGAAGCUAUGUGUGUUGAGACUCAUCCAAGUUGUGAGAUCAGUGGAGAAGAUUGAGAAAAUUCUUCAUCAAAACACCAAAGAUACAACGUCACUCGAGACCAGCAGUCCUCUUCUGGCAGGUCAGAUCCUAGAGCGGAUUGCCACCGAGUUCAACCAGUUACAGUUUCAUGCGGUCCAGAGCAAAGGAAUGCCAUUGCUUGAUAAAGUCCGCCUGAGAAUAGCCGGUAUCACAGCUAUGCUUCAACAGUCCCUGGAAGGCUUAUUGAUCCAAGGCCUGCAGACGUUAAAUGUAGAUAUCGUACGGCAUUGCCUCAGGACAUAUGCCACCAUCGAUAAGACCAGGGAUGCGGAGGCACUGGUCGGACAGGUCUUAGUCAAACCAUACAUGGAUGAGGUAAUAGUUGAACAGUUUGUCAAGUCCAACCCUAAUGGUCUAAAGAUGAUGUACACAAAGCUGUUGGAGUUUGUGCCUCAUCAUUGUAGACUGCUGAGAGAGGUGACUGGUGGGGCAAUCUCUAGUGAUAAAGCCGACAUUGUUCCAGGAUACGACUUCCUGGUGAACUCCGUUUGGCCUGAGAUCAUUAGAGGUGUUGAGGAAAGAAUCCCUUCCCUUUUCAAUCCAGGAAACCCAGAUGCAUUUUAUGAGAAAUACACUGUCAGCAUGGAUUUUGUGCGCAAGUUUGAGAGGCAGUGUGGUUCCCAGGCGAGCGUGAAGAGGCUGCGAGCACAUCCGUGCUACCAGAGCUUCCACAACAAAUGGAACCUGCCAGUGUACUUCCAGCUACGGUUCAAGGAGAUUGCAGGAAGUCUAGAAAAUGCCAUUGCUGAUGGACUAGAGGCAUCUCCAGCGGGCGGCAGCUACCACCUGCAGGUUACCGAGGUGUUGUGGAGCUGUGUGUGCAGGUGCUGGGCUGACCAGGUGUAUCUGCCACCGCUUGCUCAUCGGUUUUGGAAGCUAACGUUGCAGCUGAUCUCCAGAUACGGCACCUUUAUUACAGAGGUUCUAACAAAAACGUCACCUUCAGAGACUAGCAAAGAUUUGGUAAAACCGCUCCCAAGCUCCGCCUCCUCCACAUCCAGCCGCACAUCACAGGAUGCAGACAGCGAUACCAGUGGCCCCACAGUUUUGUCUACCAAGCAGCUCGUCUUCAUCGCAGCUGAUGUUGAUAAGUUACAAGGGCAGAUUCCAGAUAUCUCUGAGAUGAUCAGGGCAAAAUUGGAUAGUAUUGGAUUCAAAAACUUUACCGUAGUUUCAGAAGCCUUGCAGGAUUCCAGGGCGUCCCUGUACAGCUGCGUCCCCACACUGAACAGCAGAAUGACUCAGCAUCUAACAGAAAGGAGCGUUCGUUUCCUGAAAAGCGCUUCAGAAGUACCAAGACUUUAUCGAAGGACCAACAAGGAAGUUCCCACCAGAGCCUCAGCCUAUAUGGACAACGCACUUCGGCCACUCCAUCAGCUGGUCACCGACUCCAAAAAUGUGGUGAAAGACUCCAUCAUCCAGGAGUGGCUUCGGGUCACACUCUCAGACUGCACUCAUAGAUAUUUCGAAACUAUAUCGGACGUGCUGAGUUCAGUGAGGAAGAUGGAGGAAAGUCUAAAGAGGUUGAAACAGGCUCGGAAAACAGCCACCACCAGCACCAUAGGCAUCAAUGCAGGACCGUCAGAUGACAGUAAGAUCCGCCUGCAGCUGGCACUGGAUGUGGAGUAUCUCGGAGAACAGAUUCAGAAGAUGGGUCUUCAGCCAAGUGACAUCACCAUGUUCUCGUCUCUGCUGGAACUGGUACAGGAGGCAAGAGAUCUCGCCUCAACGGAACAGACGGGGGCCUAAACCACAAUGGCUCUGGAGGGGCCAGAUCAAAAGUACGGUCCAAAAUG